CUCAUCACCCCCGAUAACGAAUCAUCGCCUCCACAAACAAGCGCCUAUCUUUGCAUAAGGUGAUUAAUCGGUAGUGAUCUGUCAUCUAUCAUAUCUGUCAAUUCUCCGCUCUCGUUCAGCACCAUAGGAUCCACACAUAUAUUUCUCGGGCGUUCAGUUCUUCACAGUCCGACUGCACGUUUUCCCUACCAUAUCUACCAUGCAUCACGCGUUGCUAGUUCACGAAAUCCUUCUGAACAUACUUACCACGCUACGGGAAGCAGACGCACCAUACAGCCAGCUCAACGCUGUCGCUCAGACAUGUCAUUUCCUAUCACCUCUGGCAUUGGACUUCUUAUGGUCGGAAUUGCCAGACGUAAAGCCCGUACUUCAAUAUGUAAAACCAAGGAUACCAAAUGACCCGUGCACAUCAGGACCAUCCGCGUCUUUCCAACGCGCUGCGUCUCGUGUCCGUAAACUAUCAUGUCCCGUUCUAGCAUGUGGAGAUACAUACUCCCAAUUAGCUCUUACAGAGCGACUGCAAUUAUUAAGCACGAUGCGCAUCACGACCUCGUUGUUUCCCAACCUCCGUCGGCUGUCGUGGACUGACACUGAUCGAUCACGUUAUGUGUAUAUCCGAUUAUUCCUGAGUCCUACUCUGGAGUCGCUCGAGCUGGAUUUCUUUUUCCAUAAACCUCCCGACUUUCCCUUCCUGCCGUUGCUGCCCAAACUCUGCCCAAACCUCCACAGCAUGUCAAUAAGCAAACACUCUGUCAUAUCGUCAUCGGGGGAUGAGGGUCCCUCUGCCGUUCGGACGAUUUGUCGGCUACCUCGCCUCGCCGCCUUGGAAUGCAAGUCAUCGACCAUCAGCGAAGCAGAUCUUUUACACCUGUCUCAACUCAAGUCACUCGUGACUUUAAGCUUGGGCAUCCCUGCCUGGGUGUCAAUCGACCACGGAAGCUCAGCGCUUCACAGUUCCGAAGCAGCCAAAGACCAUGCUCGUCGCUCAUGGUUCUGCAAUCUACGCAAUCUGCAUCUUCGUGCAUAUAGUAUGCCGAUCGUCACAUCAUUCGUGGAGCCUGGAUGCAGGCCCUUGCAGUCAGCUGUCUUCGACAUCUCUGAACCACCGACUACUGCUUCCUUAACAGAGUGUUUUUGCGCACUUUAUUCCAGUCAAUGCGACAAUGAAUGCAGCGCAAUGCGUUCCAUUAAAGUCCGCGACGGCCUUUCAAAUACUACAUUUGGAGUCUCCCAGCUUCUUCCCGACUCGAAGAUCAUCACAGUGGAUGUAUUCAAGCCACUUUUCGCUUUCACCAAACUCCGAGUAUUUGAUCUGGGCGUGUGCCUGUCAUUUUCUCUGGGUGACUCCGAUCUUACGGCAAUGGCCACCUCCUGGCCGGAACUUGAGGUCUUUUACCUCAAUGAGGGGCGAGGCUGGCGUCCGCCCUCUACGGAGCCUAGAUCAUUGAUCACUGUCCGCGGCCUCCAAUCGAUGUGCGCUCUGUGCCCGAGGCUCCAUCAAAUUGCUGUGGUCUUGAAUGCCCUAGAUCCAUUUCUUCCUUGUCCUAUAACAUCCCUGUCCAUGCGCACCUCACGGCAGGAUACAACCCUGGCUCAUAAUUUGGCAGUGACUCACCUAAGCUUGGGAGAUUCGAGGUUGGAAAAUCCACAUGAUGUCGCAUGUGCCUUGUCCAAUAUAUUUCCCCGCUUAAAGAGUAUCAGUGCGUGGCAGUACCCUUUGGACACGUUGCCUGAAGGUCGGCAUCACCGCAGGUUAUGGGAAGAAGUAAACAACAUCUUGCAGCAGCGUUUGAACAGGGAUAUUACGGCGGUAGCCAAGUGAUUUAAAAUGGACCAUUAGUGCAGCUAUAUACCAGAACUACGUAGAUGAAGUUAUAGUAAGAUACUCAUGUCACCAGUAGUAAGUCCUGAUGUUGUGUCGAUUAUCUGGAAACCAAGACUAUCCAAUAUUGAUAUUGACUUGUGUCUGUUGGAUCCAGUCGCAACAGAACAGAAACCCGAGUAGUUCCCUAUC